ACUUUUCUAGAAAUGAAUAGCAUUGCGGAAAAGCCAGAAAAAGACCCGACUUCUUUCGGUUACUUAUUCGAUGUUCAACAUGCAUAAUGGAACGACCACCACCAUGCAAAAAUCCCUGAAAAGAGGGAAUACCUAGUAGAUCGACAUUAAAAAUUACUUGGAUGGUUUGAAAGGUUAAAAAUAAGUCCCUGUAGAUUUCCAGUUAAAUUGAUUGCACGUUCCAAGUGCACGAUACGUUAAGGUGGGACCCUAAAAGAAAACAUUAUACCCGCCGCACCUAGUGGCCGUGACAGUCAACGGCACACUUUGUAGUCUUCCCACCUUUCCAAAUCCAAUCCUCGUUUUCCGUGCAACGUCGAACAUGGGGUCAAGAGGUAUAAUACCAUCUGACAACAUGAAAACACAAUGGCAUUCCAUUACGUGAAUUGCCAUAAAGCAAGUUUAUGUUACAGGAGAUAACAAACGCAGUUUUAGGUAACAUGAAGCAAAACACGCAGGUUGUUGCACUUUAAAGAAAGACACAGAAGAAAAGUGCUGGAACUCUUAAAAAUAUCAUUCGUUUUUGUAAAUUAGUUUUCCAAUCGAUCUGCAAGAUUGCAUAAUCCACCGCUGAGGCUGUGUUUUAGAAAGCAUAUUUCGUGGGAUUUUAAAUGCCAGCAAACAAGCACCGAUUCCUUCAAACCACCUACGACCUCGAGGCUGUUAAUUUCCUGGAUUUUGGCAAACUAACUUGAGGGCUUGGACGACCAAUGACAGCAAACUGGCGUUCCAUCAAGGCGGGGCUUACGCAGACAGACAGAUAAGACGAAAACAGAAAAACCACGAGGGAAGGGAGUGGGGAGCACUGGAAACGUUUGUGCUUUUUUAGCCAGUGAUGCUUGGCUUCACAGUAUCUUGUCUAAAUUCACAACAACACUACACACAAAAGUUACAAAGUUUUAAAAUAGUGAAAACAAUACAAGCAACUGUAGUUUAAAGAAACAAUGGAUUGCAAUCAAGCAUUCAAGUGUUUGAGGCUAGUCAAAAAAAGUAAACAUAUCUUUCCAUAAAUGGGCCGCUGUCUCCGCUCCCCAGUCCCAUGGAAUAGUUUAUUCGGAAGACGCUGUUAUUCAAAGCUUCUGCCUUUCCAUUCUAUUCCUUCUCCCAAAGGACUCCCACUGGUGGGCACAUUAUGGGAUGUGAUCCGUGCCGGUGGCGUAUCACAAAUUCAUCUCUACAUUAAUGAAAGACAUCGCCAAUUAGGACCCAUUUUUAGGGAAAAGUUAGGCCACGUUGAAGCUGUCUGGCUAGCCGAUCCCGCGCUUUACCAACAAGUCUUCCAAGCUGAAGGGGCAUAUCCUCGACCUAUGCUCCCCGAACCAUGGACCAUCUUCAACAGAAAACAUUCGUACAAAAGAGGCCUCUUUUUUAUGCAAGGAGAAGAAUGGUUACACUACAGGAAAAUUCUAAGUCCACUUCUACUAAAAAUGGCCACACUUCAUCGCCAUUUGGAUAGUCUUUAUGACGUGGCUGAUCGAUUACUCGAUCAGUGGAACCAAAUGGAAAAUGGUACACUUGAUAACCUUGAGCGUGACCUGUAUUGCUAUUUCGUGCAAGGUUUAAUGUGUGCCGCUUUCGGUCGUACUGUUGGAUUGGAUCAAGAAAUAAUUGAAAGGCAUGUUCCAGAAAUGGCCCACCAUUUACAACGUUUAUUCGAGAGUAGCGCUCGUCUAACGCUCCUUCCUCCCUCUUUGGCUGCUAAAUUAAAUCUUGACGCGUGGCAAUGCUUUGAGCAAUCCGCUUUAAAGGCCUUGCAAAUAGCUAACCAACUAACGCAGUCAUGUCUGGAGAAACUUCCGCCCGAUGAUGACGAUAACGAAGAAGUUAAUGGAUGUAUUGUUUCAUGCCUACGACAGCAAAAAGUGAAUCAAGUUGACAUUCAGCGCAUCGUAACUGAUUUAUUCCUUGCAGCAGCUGAUACGACAUCACAUACGGCACAGUGGGUUCUUUACUUACUGGCUCAACAUCCAGAGGUGCAAGAAAAAGCUGUCAGGGAAAUAGCUUCGAUUCAGUCGGUCGAUGGAAAAUUGGGAAGCGAAUGGCAGCAUAUUCCUACGAUAAAAGGUUCUGUUAAAGAAGCUUUGCGCCUCUAUCCGGUGGCUACGUUUCUCACUCGUUUGUUACCGGAACACAGUGUCAUUGGAGAUUACGACAUCCCACCAGAGACUUUAGUACUCAUGUCAAUCUUCACAAGUGGCCGAAAUGAUCGUUAUUUUUACAAUGCGGAACAGUUUUUACCGGAACGAUGGAGUCGGCGCGCGUCAUCAAAUGAUAAUAUGGUGAUGAACCAUUUUGCUUCAUUACCAUUUGGCCAUGGCAGAAGAUCUUGCAUUGGCCGCCGCUUGGCCGAGGCUCAGAUUUACAUUUUACUUUUCAGAGCGCUACCAAGAUUUACCUUACAAACGGUAAAUCAUGUAAAAAUGGUUAUGCGACUUUUGGGCACAGUCGAUCAACCAGUUCGAUUGCGUUUACGACCUCGCUCUUAACUCUUUCACCUUUUUUAAAUAAAUCAAUCAAAUACAAUUGUUCAAGCUUAA